AUGCCCGUCUUCUCUUUCUACAUAUUCGAUCGACACACCGAGUGCAUCUACAGCAAGUCAUGGCUCCCUGCUCAACGACCCUCCUCGCGCAUCACCACCAGUGCUUCCGACGACGCUAAGCUCAUCUUUGGAACCGUCUUCUCCCUGCGCAACAUGGUCCGCAAGCUGGGCGGCGACGAUGACGCCUUCAUCAGCUAUCGCACCGGCCAGUAUAAGCUGCACUACUACGAGACACCUGCGAACUUGCGGCUCGUCUUGCUGACGGAUACGGCGUCGCCGAGUAUGCGCAAUGUGUUGCACCAGAUAUAUAUCAAUCUCUGGGUUGAAUAUGGUGCGUAUUCUGCGGCAAGCUUUGCAUCUUUCAUGGCCCUGGUCCCCAUUCUUUCAUUUUCUCUUCUUCUUACAAAAUGCGCCUCUAUAGUUGUCAAGAAUCCUCUUGCCCCUGUUGAACACAAAGGCGGAGAGGGGGUCAAGAAUGAACUGUUUGAGCUGGGCUUGGACCAGUUUAUUCGUGGUUUGAUGUGA